GCAUUUUGGAAGGCUGAGGUGGGCAGAUCACUUGAGGUCCGGAGUUUGAGACCAGCCUGGCUGACGUGGUGAACCUGUGUCUCUACUAAAAAUACAAAAAUUAGCCAGGCAUGGUAGUGUGAUCCUGUAAUCCCAGCUACUCGGGAAGUUGAGGCAGGAGAAUCACUUGAACCCAGGAGGAGAAGGUUACAGUGAGCUGAGAUCACACCACUGCACUCCAGCCCGGGCGACAGAGCGAAAAACUCCGUCUGAAAAUAAAACAAAACAUAGCAGGUGUGGUCGUCGAGAGCUCUCUAUGUGCCACACUCUGUUAGAAUUACUUUACGUGGGCUGGGCAUGGUGGCUCAUGCCUGUAAUUCCAGCACUUUGGGAGGCUGAGGCCAGAGGAUUAUUUGAGGCCAGGAUUUUGAGACCAGCUUGGGCAACUUAGGAAGACCCCAUCUCAAAAAAAAUUAAAGUGGGCUGGGCAUGGUGGCUCGCACCUGUAAUCCCAGCACUUGGGAGGCCAAGGUGGGCGGAUCAUGAGGUCAAGAUUUCGAGACCAGCCUGGCCAACAUGGUGGAACCCCAUCUACUAAAAAUACAAAAGUUAGCCAUGUGUGGUGGCAGGAACCUGUAGUCCCAGCUACUUGGGAGGCUGAGGCAGGAGAAUCAGUUGAACCCAGGAGGUGGAGGUUGCAGUGAGCCGAGAUCAUGCCACUGACGCCAGCCUGGGCGACAAAGCAAGACUGUCACAAAAAAUAAAUAAAAUAAAGUAAAAUAAAGGAAGUGCUUUACAUGUCCUGAUGUGUUUAAGCCCCAAAACAACCAGAUGAGGACAUGUAUUUAUUAUCCCUGGAUUACUGAUGAAGUAACCGUAGCACAGAGACGUUAAGGAGCAUGUUCUGAGUCUCACUGCUGGGAAGAGGAACGGGAUGGCUGGGUGGAUGGGUGUGUAUUCGGGUGGGCCUCUGAAAAUAGGCCUGUCCCCGAACCCCAGCCUGUUUCUUCCAGUUAACACUUCUCUUCCUCUUCCUGCCCCCAGCACCACACCCCACUCCGGCCGGAGCACGCCAAGCAGCUCCCCAUCGCUCCGGAAGCGGCUGCAGCUCCUGCCCCCAAGCCGGCCCCCACCUGAGCCAGAACCAGGCACCAUGGUGGAGAAGGGGUCGGAUAGCUCCUCAGAGAAGGGUGGGGUGCCUGGUACCCCCAGCACCCAGAGCCUCGGCAGCCGGAACUUCAUCCGAAAUAGCAAGAUGCUGAGCCCCACUUACAAGCAGCGUAAUGAGGACUUCCGGAAACUGUUUAGCAAACUGCCCGAAGCAGAACGCCUCAUUGUGGAUUACUCCUGCGCCCUGCAGCGCGAGAUCCUGCUCCAGGGCCGCCUCUACCUCUCGGAGAACUGGAUCUGCUUCUACAGCAACAUCUUCCGCUGGGAGACCACCAUCUCCAUCCAGCUGAAGGAAGUGACAUGCCUGAAGAAGGAGAAGACGGCCAAGCUGAUCCCCAACGCCAUCCAGAUCUGUACAGAGAGCGAGAAGCAUUUCUUCACUUCCUUCGGGGCCCGUGACCGCUGCUUCCUCCUCAUCUUCCGCCUCUGGCAGAAUGCGCUGCUUGAAAAGACGCUGAGUCCUCGCGAGCUCUGGCACCUGGUGCAUCAGUGCUAUGGCUCAGAGCUGGGCCUCACCAGUGAGGAUGAGGACUAUGUCUGCCCCUUGCAGCUGAACGGUUUGGGGGCCCCCAAGGAAGUGGGAGAUGUGAUCGCCCUGAGCGACAUCACCUCCUCGGGGGCAGCUGACCGGAGCCAGGAGCCAAGCCCAGUGGGUUCGCGCCGUGGCCGCGUCACGCCCAACCUUUCCCGAGCCAGCAGCGACGCAGACCAUGGGGCAGAGGAGGACAAGGAGGAGCAGGUAGACAGCCAGCCAGACGCCUCCUCCAGCCAGACAGUGACCCCGGUGGCUGAACCCCCGAGCACAGAGCCCACCCAGCCUGAUGGGCCCACCACCCUGGGCCCCUUGGAUCUGCUGCCCAGCGAGGAGCUGUUGACAGACACGAGUAACUCCUCUUCGUCCACUGGGGAGGAAGCGGACCUGGCUGCCCUGCUUCCCGACCUCUCUGGCCGCCUCCUCAUCAACUCUGUCUUUCAUGUGGGCGCUGAGCGGCUCCAGCAGAUGCUCUUCUCGGACUCGCCCUUCCUCCAGGGCUUCCUACAGCAGUGCAAGUUCACAGACGUGACCCUGAGCCCCUGGAGCGGGGACAGCAAGUGCCACCAGCGCCGGGUGCUGACGUACACCAUCCCCAUCAGCAACCCACUGGGCCCCAAGAGCGCCUCUGUGGUGGAGACACAGACGCUGUUCCGGCGCGGCCCCCAGGCCGGCGGAUGUGUGGUGGACUCCGAGGUGCUGACGCAGGGCAUCCCCUACCAGGACUACUUCUACACUGCCCACCGCUAUUGCAUCCUGGGUGUGGCUCGGAACAAGGCGCGGCUCCGAGUGUCCUCUGAGAUCCGCUACCGAAAGCAGCCAUGGAGCCUGGUGAAGUCGCUCAUUGAGAAGAACUCGUGGAGCGGCAUUGAAGACUAUUUCCACCAUCUGGAGCGAGAGCUCACCAAGGCCGAGAAGCUGUCUCUGGAGGAAGGCGGGAAGGAUGCCCGGAGCUUGCUAUCCGGCCUGCGGCGGCGGAAGCGGCCCCUGAGCUGGCGGGCUCAUGGGGACGGGCCCCAGCACCCAGAUCCUGACCCCUGUGCCCGGGCUGGCAUGCACACCUCGGGCUCCCUCAGCUCCCGCUUCUCCGAACCGUCUGUGGACCAGGGCCCCGGGGCAGGCAUCCCCAAUGCCCUGGUUCUCAUCAGCAUCGUCCUUAUCAUCCUCAUCGCCCUCAACGUCCUGCUUUUCUACCGCCUCUGGUCCCUGGAAAGGACAGCCCACACCUUUGAGUCCUGGCACAGCCUGGCCCUGGCCAAGGGCAAGUUCCCCCAGACGGCCACAGAGUGGGCCGAGAUCCUGGCGCUACAGAAGCAGUUCCACAGCGUGGAGGUGCACAAGUGGAGGCAGAUCCUGCGGGCCUCCGUGGAGCUCCUGGAUGAGAUGAAGUUCUCGCUGGAGAAGCUGCACCAAGGCAUCACAGUCUCAGAUCCUCCCUUCGACACCCAGCCCCGGCCCGAAGACAGCUUUUCCUGAGGUCCCCAGCCACGCAGCUCUUCCCCCACAUGGACAGAUGGACACACAGAGCCUCGGCGGCCACUGCUGGCACGGUGUGAGCGCCAGGCAUCUCCCACCCGCCCCUCCGGACGGCCCGACCUGGGGCUGUGCAGACGUGGGGGCCACGGAACCGAGAUGCACUUUAGACCAGGGAGCUGGCCCGGCCUCUGGCAGGCCCCCCACUAACUUAUUUUGCCCGGCUGAGGUUGUGGGGGGCGCCUCCUGGGGUGUACGGUUCCCUCAGCUCUGGGUUUAAUGUAUUAUAUUUAUUUGGGGCUGAUGGUGCCCCAAUAAAGGGUCAGAAGUGGC